AUGUCGGAGCUUGCACCUAUCAAAUAUGUAGCUUAUGAAUCAGAACUGCAGCUGCCCGCCAUUAUUCGACUCAUUGAGAACGAUCUCUCUGAACCGUAUUCUGUAUAUACCUAUCGUUACUUUAUUCACAACUGGCCGCACCUCUGCCUCUUGGCCAUGGACGGCAAUGAAUGUGUGGGUGUGAUUAUUUGCAAGUUGGAUGCUCACAAAGAUCGGCUACGGGGCUAUAUUGCCAUGCUCGCUGUAGCCAAAGAGUAUCGAAAACGAGCCAUUGGAUCGACCCUCGUCGAGUUGGCUAUCAAGACAAUGAAGGAAAACGAUGCAGAUGAGAUUGUUUUAGAAACGGAAUAUACAAAUCAGGGAGCUCUAAGUCUGUAUGAGCGGAUUGGGUUUAUCAGAGAUAAACGUCUCUAUCGGUAUUAUCUAAAUGGAACGGAUGCGUUUCGCUUAAAGUUGUUUUGCAAAACCAUGGUGAACGACUGA